CAAGAAUCAGAUCAUGACGACAAAUUUAUGGGUGGAACAGCACUGGGAAGACUACAAGCUCAAGUGGGAUCCUCUGGAAUAUGGCGGUGUUACUAUGCUUCACGUCCCUUCAGAUCACAUUUGGCGGCCAGAUAUCGUUCUCUACAACAAUGCCGAUGGUAACUUUGAAGUAACUCUGGCCACCAAAGCCACUCUGUACGCCGACGGAAAGGUGGAAUGGAAGCCGCCGGCCAUCUACAAGUCCUCGUGCGAGAUUGACGUCGAGUACUUCCCGUUCGACGAGCAGACGUGCGUUAUGAAGUUCGGCAGCUGGACCUACGACGGAAAACAGGUCGAUUUACGGCACGUCGAGGAAGACCCGACCGACUCCAAAGUGAAAAUUGGCGUCGAUUUGUCAGACUUUUACCUCUCGGUCGAAUGGGAUAUUCUCGAUGUUCCGGCGAUACGGAACAAAAAGUUUUACACGUGUUGCAACGAGCCGUACCUGGACAUAACGUUCAACAUUACCAUGAGGAGGAAGACGCUGUUCUACACGGUCAACCUCAUCAUCCCCUGCAUGGGCAUCUCAUUUCUCACCGUGCUGGUGUUUUACCUGCCCUCCGAUAGCGGAGAGAAGGUCAGUCUCUCCAUCAGCAUUCUGCUGUCGCUCACUGUGUUCUUCCUGCUGCUGGCCGAGAUUAUUCCGCCGACAUCGCUGGUGGUGCCUCUGCUCGGCAAGUUCGUCCUGUUCACAAUGAUAUUGGACACGCUAAGUAUAUGUGUUACAGUGGUGGUGCUCAACAUUCACUUCCGGUCGCCCCAAACGCACUCGAUGGCGCCCUGGGUGCGGCGGGUGUUUAUCCACAUCCUGCCUCGGCUACUGGUGAUGCGGCGGCCCCAGUACAGCACCUAUGACAGGCACAGGGUGUUGAUUCGCACCUGUAGCGGUCUGGAGGUGCGCGAGGCAGCCACCCAGCUCUACAAGGACGCUCACAGCAGAGCGUCCGGCUUCACCAGCGAGUCACUCAAGGACCACGGUCUCUGCUUUCCACCCACGGCCACCAUUAGUGACCUGGCACCCAGGAGUGACCUGGACGCGCUGGGUCUGAACACGCCCUGCCGUAUCCAUGGCAACCCCGGCUCGGCCGGAGAGGGUCUCGGAGGUCACCGGCACCGCUCCUGUGAGCUGGGCUACUGUCCAGAAGUGUUCCGCGCCUUCGAGGGCGUCAAAUUCAUCGCGGAGAGCACAAGGCGUGAACAGGAUACCACCAGAGUGCGCGAGGACUGGAAGUACGUAGCCAUGGUGCUGGACCGGCUCUUCCUCUGGAUCUUCACCCUGGCAGUGCUGGUGGGGACGGCAGGCAUCAUCCUACAGGCACCGACCCUUUAUGACGAUCGCAGGCCUAUUGACGAAGAGCUCAGUGACAUUAAAAGUCCCCGCGACCGGCAGAGAGGGCACCACUAGGCUGCAACCGUGGUCAGUCGACUGGUGCUUCCUGCGAGCAUUGGUGACGGGCGGUCCUUUGGUGCUAUGUUGGUGACGGCCCCUGGUGCUCUGUGGGUACUCUGUUGGUGACGGCUCCCUGGUGCUCUGUUGGUGAUGACCGUCUGUUGUUGUGCUCAGUCCUACUUGCGGAUGAACCGGACUUUUUGUGACGGUGUACAGAGCUGGAUGUAAGCUGGCGAGAUAUUUGGUAGUGAUGCGUGGGCUUGGAAUCUGCAUUUUCACGGUUAACAAGAGUCGGCGAGACAUUGGAUGGCACACAUACGUGUAUAACGUGGAGCUCCCGUGCCGAGCUGUGGCUUUCCGUGUCACCAUUUGGGAUGAUGUGGGAUGAAACAGCCACCGAUGGCACUGCUGGUGCCCAGUUCAUGUACCCUGGCUCUUUUCGAGACGAAGUGGAGACCACCCAUGCUGGAAGUGUGAAAAGGCAAUGGAGCAUUGUCCGUUCUGGUUAAAGUUUCAACGUGUUCAAAGUACGGAAGUCUAGUUUGGGCCCGGACGAUGUGGACAUUGCCAUUUCAGAGCACUGUUGCGAACUAGUCACAUUCGUGAGAAAGGUCAGGAGCAAAGGCGCACAUACAUUGCCCAAGUUUGGGUUAGUUGGAAGGUUGCGACCGAUCUUGCGAAUUGUGGGGAUCUCAUGGCUGACAUUUGAUAUUGACUGAUGUAUACAGUAUGCGACUUUACUCUUAUUUGAAGGUAGAAAUAGCAUGUUAGCAGAUUCAUUUGUUUGCUCAAUGGUGUUUGAUACUGUUUAUAUGUAUGCAGGUAAGUAAGAUGGUGCCAAUUUAGUCAAGGAUAUAGAUUUUGUCAUUGUUCACGUCAAGAAGUAACCAACUUUUGAUGUGCUUGCUGCUAGAUGUUUUGUUGGAUAAUCAAGUGGGAUGCGUGAUGUAAAAUGAACGAUACAGAAUUAUGAAUCUAUCAUUGGCUGAAAGAUGUUGCAGGCAGCCUUGCUGCAUUUUUCUCCAUUGAAGCCGGUGACAGUGAAAAUCCUUAUAAUCCGUAUCGAACAGAUGGCAUCGGAGGUGGCGCCCUCUCAAAUGUACGGCCUUCCUGGUCGGACGUCUGGUUGAGAACAUCGCCAUCUUGUGUUGCAUGUCGCCUAGUUACCAGCUCCUGUGCACAACUACAGUUUCUUGAGAGGUGACCUUUGACCUGUCGUGGUCGCUAGAUGCUGACCUGGCCCAAAGGAGGUCACUACGCUGACCUUUGACCCACAUAGGUCACACGCUGUCCUCGUCUGUCCCAGCGUGGCAGCACAACUCGGACGUCUCCGAGGGACGCACAACUGCUCACUGCUCAAUAAACGGUGUGCCGGUUUUUAUGGGAUGGGCACCAUUUCGAAUAGGGCGUGGAUCAAUGAGAACGUGUGAUUAGUGAAGCUAGAGCGUGACAUGUAAUUUUGCUCUGGGAAAUUUUGAUUAGACCUCUGACCUGUGUAGGUAGCUUGAUGUUUGCCUUGAACCCAUAGAGAUUGUUCAGCUCCGAGAAAAUCAGUUAACAAGUAAUAAUAACAGCAAUCCAGCGUAUGAUGCUUCGGCCGUUAUUCUGUGGAAGAGUUGUCUUGGUCAUGUUUAGCGUACGUUGACGUAGAUAAUUAUACCAUACCAUUGCCUACCAAUCUUCGCAAAACCGAUUUAUACAGAACUUUCUUAGUAAGUGAUCUGAAAUUUUCAGUUUUAAAUUGGUUUGCUCUUUAAAGAUUGAAUUUUAAAGAAAACAUGCCGAUGUACUUGAUAAGCAGCUUCGUUGUUCCGUGAACACCAUUUUAACGAUAUCUGUUAUAACUUAUAACUAUCUCAUUCCUACCCCUGAACUAAUUUUGGGCAUAGCCCUCGCUGGCUAUCUCACUUGACUACCAUACCAUGCCAAUUGAAGAAAAUAAGCACUGAAGAUUUACGUACGUUACCUCGUUAAA